CCAGACUGACUGGGAAGCCGAAGGCUGCUCGCGCUCAAAGGGUUGCGCCGCGUCAGAAGAGCCCCAAGUCUGCAAGGGGCGGGAAGCGCGGCAGAAUCCGCCCCCUUAUAGAAGCCCUUGUGAUUGGCCUUCCCCCGUCACUCAGCCUUCCGCCGGCGAGGAGGAGAAGGCGGGCUCCACAGGGAAGGGGCGUGGCCAGGCUCCGGUAAGGCGCGCGCUCUCGUCUACAGAGGCAGUCAUAGGUUCCACGCACGCCAGGGCCGGGCGCGCGCAGCCGGCAAGUGGGGAGAGUCCUCGGAGGCGCGGCGGGCAGUGCAGAGAUACGGGAGCUGCUGCAGGAGAUUCGGCCCGCACCCGCUGCAGCCCCCGCCCCAGUCAGCGGCCCGGCGGCCCGCGUGUCACCGCACUGUCGGAGCCCGCAGCUCUCUCCUGCUGCAGCGGUGCGCGCAAUGGCCCCGCGCAAGAACGCCAAGGGCGGCGGCAGCAACAGCAGUUCCAGCAGCGGCGGCGGCAGCAGCCCCGGGGCCCGCAGAGAGACAAAACAUGGAGGACAGAAGAAUGGAAGGAAAGGAGGACUUUCUGGAAGUUCAUUUUUCACCUGGUUCAUGGUCAUUGCACUGCUGGGAGUCUGGACAUCAGUAGCUGUCGUCUGGUUUGAUCUUGUUGAUUAUGAGGAAGUUUUAGCCAAAGCAAAGGACUUCCGUUAUAACUUGUCUGAGGUACUUCAAGGAAAACUAGGAGUCUAUGAUGCUGAUGGUGAUGGAGAUUUUGAUGUGGAUGAUGCCAAAGUUUUAUUAGGCCUUAAAGAAAGAUCUGCUUCAAAGCCAGCAGUGCCACCAGAAGAGGAUGGGCCAUACCCCUGGCUGGAGGACCGGGCCCCCGAGGGGACAGGCCCGCAGAAUAUUGAAGAUGAUGUACAAGAACAAAUUCAUUCCCUUCUCCAUGACACAGUAUACGCAGAAUAUGGCAUGGGCUUGGUGCUGGGCGUACAUGGUGAACAAAAACCUGAGGUCCUUGUCCUUGCAGAAGACCUGCACCAAGAAGAGGACGGACCAGUGAAGGACCCACACCCAGAAGAUGGCGAGCUCUUUGCAGGACGUGAUGUGGAUGACGGAUCCGAGCCCCAGGGAACUGGAACAUUUCAUGAAGAAACUGAAGAUACUUACCCUGUAGAAGAGACUGCUUCACAGGCCAAUAAUCAGGAUGAGGAAGAGAUGGUGUAUGAGCAGGAGAGUCCAGAUUCUGUUGAACCAGUAGCAGACGAUGAUGAAAGAAUGUACCAUGUGGCAGAUGACGUAACAUACCAAGACUAUAAUGAACAAGAAGUAUUUGUGUCCCCUUCAGAAGAUCAAGAGGAAAUACCACCAGAUGCUUAAAACUUCAGAAAGACUGCCCCUACUACCACAGGAGGACCAGACUAACCAUACGCUCCAAAAGAUGGCUGUGAUAGAUCUUGUGACGUAAUUACUGAGCAGAUCAAGAUCUGUGGGAAUGCACACUAAUGAUGUUUUGAAUGAAUCAUAGUCCACUGGCAUUUUAAUUUUUUUUUUUAGAAAAAAGUUAUGCGUAAAACGUUCCAUUUCUGCAUGUCCUAUUUUGAUAGCAUUAGUAGAUCUUUUGGAUUUCUUUUUCUUUUAGUAACACAACUUUUAGUCUUACCUGCAUUGAUGUGUGUUUUUCAGACAACAGUUAAUAAUUAUAUUGAUGACAUAGCAGCAAUUGCCUUGGCAGGGUUUUAACAUAUCUAUUCUUAGUAAUCAACACUAACUACAUUGGACUGACUCGUAGAUGCAUUAAUAAAAGCCGCUAAGAGUGCCUUGCAUUAGCUCUCUUAAGGACACCAGUAGAGGUAGAUUAUCAUUAGCUGUGAAGAUUUGAAUUGUAUAUAUCUGUACUGAUAUUCUUAUCAAACAUUUCUAUAUUAGCUUUGAGUAUUUAAGGUAAAACUCAAAAUUCGAGAUUCCUGUAGCUUUUUAGCUUACUAAUUAGAAAAAUUUAAUAUUUCAAUGAAAGUCUUAAGUUAUCAUGUUUUAUUUGUUUUUCAAAAUGAGGGAGGAAACUUAAAUUCCUUGUUAGGGCAUAGGGAAAGGAAUAGCCUGCUCUAUCAUGCAAAGAAAUGCUUUUUGGCACUUUGAAUCAAUCAGAUCAUAGCUGUAGUCCAUUCAGUAUUUGUUUAAAUUUUAGAAAGUCUGUUAAAUUACUAGUGUAUGAAAUUAUUCUGCCUUUGGCUAAUUUAAAUAGUGCCCUCACAACACUAAAGACUAUGCAGUGCUCUUCCUAAUGAAGGCAGCAAUGCCUCUAGCUGAGUUCAUUUAGAACUUGGGAAAACACUCAGAGCCGGAUGCCUGCUGCUAUUCCACAAUGAAUGAACCCCUCCCUUUCUAUACUGAAGAGUUUCUUCUAUUUUUAAUGUGGUUUAUUUUGCUUCAGAAAUAGUUGCUGUGAUGAAAGUAUUCAUUUGUUAAAAAAAAAAAGUAGCUGCAACAUCAUUUUGUGAAGGUCAUGAGCUGUAAAAAAGCCAUAAUAAGUAGUUUCGUUUACAUGUCAGGGGUAGCUCUUGAGUAUGUUAACAUUGUUUAAGGAUAAGAUGACUUUUUUCCUGCUUUUAGAGUCAUGAUCAAAGAGAUUUUAUAUUUUUAUCAUUAUAGAUCAUAGUUACAAUGUAGUGCGUUCUGCAUGCUUACCCAAUGUGUAGCAAAACCCAAAAUAAUGUAGUAAGAAGAGCAAUAAUUUUCUAAAGCUGUGAUAUGAAUCAGAGUUGCUACUCAAAUUCAAAUUAAGCUCUUAAUUCAUAUUGUGAACUAUUGAACACUACUUUUUAUAAAGCCAUAUUUUUUUAGGGAAACUGAGGAGUGACAUAAAACAAAUAAAUGAGUAAAAUUUUACUGAAUUUUUGUAUAUAAUCUCUAGAACUGUGGAAAUUGAGGAUUCAUUAUGCUGUGAUCAACUUAAGAUACUUUUUAAUUCCAAAUAUUUGAAUUAAUGAGCCUUGUCUUUACAAAUAUAUGCCAAGCUUGGCAGCAUCAAUGGAUUUUCUAAAAAUAAUGUAAAUGUCAUCUGUUUAAUGUUAUUUGAGUGCAAUAAAAUGCAGAAUUCUUC